AUGUCUGAUUCCCCAAAACUACCUCAAAAUAAUCAUCAAGAAACUUCAAAUCAACAACAACUUCAAAUAAAUAAUCCACAACUGCUACUAUCAGAUCAACAACAACAACAACAACAACAAACUGAGCGACAAAAUCAAGAAGAAGACGAAGCACAACAACAAGAAGAUAAUCAAGAUAAUUAUCAAUCAAUUUCCAAUCAUUUACAGCAACCUUCAUCUAUAUCUCAUAGCUUAGAAUUCUUUAAUCGUUCCAAUAAUCAUGUGCCUUCAAUCACUGAUGGGAGUACUAUAACCCAAGAUAGUUCAACAAUUGCAUUAUCACCAAGUGAAGGUAAUUCUUCAAUAUAUAAUCCAAAUUUGUCAUCAAGUAGACAACAACAACAACAAUUUGGACUGCAACAACCAUUAAGAAAAAAAAGAGUUAGAGUUUCAAAAGCAUGUACAUAUUGUCGUAAGAAGAAAGUCAAGUGUGAUGGUGGUCAUCCAUGUUUAAAUUGUCAACAGAAUAAUGAUAAUGACUGUGUAUAUGUGAGCGAUUCUGAAAGAAAACCAAGGGCACCAAGAGCAAAUUCUGCAACGUCAUUAAAUUCAAAUAAGGUGAAUAAAACCCAAUCAAUAAAGGAACUAGAUACAAGAUUAAUAAAUAUAGAAAAUUUAUUGGCAAAUUUAACAGAAGGUCUUCGAGACUCUAAAAAAUUAUCGGUACUUGAUACAAUAAGAAUUAUAGAUAAUAAUCAUCAAAGUAACACUAAUGAUGAUUUGAAAGAUAAUGAUGAUAUAGAUGUUGAUACUAAUGAUGGGGAAGACGAUAAUGAUAGUAGUAUAGCUGAAGGAAAAUCCCCUCAAAUUACUUUUGCUCGGCCAAAAGCUAAGCACGUUAACCCUCCUCCCUCAAGUUCAUAUUUACAGGAUAUAGAUGAAAAAGGUGAAUACAAUGAAAAAUCCGAUCCAGAAGUCUUAUUAAAUAAAUUUGGUUCCCAUUCAGUAAUUGAUAUUUUUUCAAAAGCAUCGUUUGAUAAUAUUUUAUUUGGACUAGGUCCUAAUCACAAAUCUGAAACAAAAGAUUUACAACAAAUUAUAAACAUAUACGAUUUCUUUUCGCUGGCAUUUCUUGACUCUGUUAGUCAACCAAUUAAAACAAACUUGAGAAGUAGAACAGAUUUAAUGGAUAACACAUUUGCUGAUGAAAUUUUACCAUUGGAAAUUUUGAGUAGGUUUGAUGAAUUAUAUAUGGCUUCUUAUAUAUGUGGUGCGUCAUAUCUAAAAGAUUUGUUUCAAAAAUAUUUUCAAAACAAGAAAAAAAUUCCAACAAAGGGUCCCAAUUCAAAAUUAAGGUCAUUUACUUGGUCAGAAUUAAUGAUUAUGACUUGUCUGAUAAAUUUAUGUAUUUCACAAAUUGUUGAUGAAAGAAAUGUUAAUAAAAUCAAAAAAAUCGGUAAACCAGUUGGUAAAGCCUUGCAAAAUUUGAGUGAUCAAGAAUUAAUGGAAUUAGAUUCUAAGUGCUUUUUUUCACUGAUUUUUUAUUACAAUCGACUCGCAUUUUUAAGUGAAGGAAUUUCAACUGUUCAAGCACUACUAUUAUUUAUAAUUUAUUUACAGCUGAUAACUUCGUCAAUUAAAGUAAUUUAUUUACCUUUGACAAUAGCCAUGAGGAAUGCUCAAGAAUUAGCCUUACAUAGAAGAGAAUCUUAUGAGGGAUUAAGUUGGCAAGAGCAACAGACAAGAAAAACUUUAUGGUGGUUUUGUGAGUCUUAUGAAGUUGGAUAUUGUUUUCGUCAUGGUAAACCAAUUCAAAUUAGAGAGGAUGAAUUAUCAGCUCUUAUAGAUGGGGACAAAUCCACAAAAACCAUCAUGCAUUCCAAUAUUCAAUUGAUUCGAUCUUUGUGGGAUGAUAGAUCUAAAUUAGAUGAAUCAAAAUUAAAUGAAAUGAAAGAAAAAAGAACUUUGCAUCAAUGUGCUGCAUAUUUUCUUUAUCGAUUAACUAAAAUUAGAAUGAGAACUUAUGAUUUGAUUUAUAGUGUGUCAGCUCAAAAUGAUAGAUUAUCAACAAUUUUUGCUCAUAUUGAUACUAUUAAUACACAUAUGCAAGAAUUAGCUGAUUUAGCAGAACCUCCAAUCACUAUCUGCUUUUAUAAUGAUUCAAGAUUUUUAUUUAAGUCCAAAAAUAAACCGUUGGAACAAAUAUUGGUUGUUGAUUCUGGUUAUGAGAAUUUCUUGUCGAUGUAUUUUGAAUUCUAUUUACACUUCUUGACUAUUAAUAGAGUUGCAUUUCAACCAAUAAUUGAAACUGAUGAUAAUGGACAUUUAAUUGAAAAAGCGAGAGAAUUUAGAAAUUUAGCGAAUGAAAGUGCAAGAACAAUAUUGUAUGUCGCUAAAAGUUUCAAUAUGAAAACAAUGUAUUUUACUGCAUUUAGUUGGUUUUUGUAUUACCCAUUUGCAGCAUUUAUGCACUUAGCAAGUGUUCAUUUUGCAAAUCCGAAUACACCAGAAGCUGAAUCUGAUUUGAAACUAAUGAUUGAAAUUUCAUUCUGCUUCUUUGCGUACAAAAACAAGAGUAAAACGGUCAAGAUUGCAAGAAAUUGUGUUAGACAAGCAUUAUAUGAUUUAAUUUCCCGGUACUUUCUCAAAAUCUUUUCAAAUAUAAUAACUGAUCAAGAAAUGCAUAACAGAAUUUUUGGUAAAAAUAAAGUUUCUCAAAAGCAUUUGGACUUACAAAAUCAAUUUCCUGAAUUUUUCACAUCUAAAAAUCAAUUAGGUAUAAAUUCUCAGCUAACUACUGACGUAUUUAAGAAAUGGUUCAGACCAUAUGCUAUUGUCAACGCUAAUAUUGAGCAGCCAUUUGACGAUAGUGGCGCUAAAAACAAUAAUGAAUUGGCUCAAAUUCGGAAAGAUGUUAUAGGAGAAUUUAAUGAAUUAUCAGAGGAAUCUAGUUCAACUAAUGGUAACAUUUCAAAUUCAACUACAAAUUCAACAUCUGGCUCAGGAUCAAAUGAUAAUUCCACAACGGGAGAUUCAAUUAAAUCAACUACUACUAAUAAUACAUCAGGUGGUUCUAAUAAAAAUGUAUUAGUUGAGAGAAAAAUUGAUAAUAUCUUGAAAAAUGCAAUUUCACCUCUGACAUCAACUCAAGUUAGAACUCAAGAAUAUGAAGACCAAUUGAACGAUUAUGCUUAUCAACAACAAAGACAACAAGUUCCGCAACAAGAAACCGGUCUUAGUGGAACAAACCAUCCUAAAACACCUCAAUAUAAACCACGUAUUGGCUCACGUCUGCAACUGCAAAAAAGUGUUCAACAACAACGACAUGAUCAGCAGCAACAACAACAACAUCAACAACGAAAAGAGUUUGAAAAACAACAACAAGAUCACUUUGAACAACAACAAGUCCAACAACAAGCUCAACAACAAGCUCAACAACAAGCUCAACAACAAGCUCAACAACAAGCUCAACAACAAGCUCAACAACAAGCUCAGCAUCAAGCUCAGCAACAACAACAAAUUCAACAACAAUAUUCAAAUCAUCAUAUGCAUCAACCGUUUUUCCCACAAGCACCUCAACAUGACAAUUUCCCCACUGGUUCAAAUAAUUAUACUCAACCAUAUCUGGAGUCAACAAUAAACCAGGGUCCAUCAAUGAUGCAACAUGCUCAAUUUAUGUCAAGCUCAAAUCAAAUACCUCAAGUAAUGACAACAAAUCCUGAAAAUGAAUAUUCAAAUUUCCAAGGACAAAAUUCUCAACAACAACAACAACAACAACAACAACAACAAAUGUUUAAUCCUCCAUUUGGACCACCACAAUUCACUGAUUCAAAUGAUCAAGAUAAUCAAAGUCAACAAAUUUUUGUUAAUGUUUUUGGAAAUGCUACAAAUUUUGAAAUUCAAGAAUUAUUAGAUGAAUAUAAUCAAAACCAAGGUGUUGGAAAUCAAGAUCAAAAUCAACAAGAUUAA